UCGUGAUCCUGUGGGAAGAUUUGGCGUCCACAUCAUGUUUUUUAGUUAAAUCUUUGAAAUGCGAACUUUUUCUUUGACAAUUCAUAUUGUUAUUAGUUUAGUGGGUAAAUACUUAUAGUCUUUUACAUGGCAUGAUGUUAUAAGUGUGCCCGAUGAGUCAAUUCCCAUUUCUAUGCCUACCUUAGAGAUAGGAGCUUAAUUUGUAAAAUUCAACACAAUUUGAUGAAUUAUCCUUGGGUCACCUUUUACCUAAAUGCACAUGUUAUCCUCUAACCACGACUAGAGGAAGCUUGCUCAAACUACUCUUUAUGAUUCGUGACUUUUAGACAAAAUCAACGCGCGUGUUUAAAUUUAGCUAAAUCUAUAAUUUAGCCAUGAAUGAAAGAAAAUAUGAAUCUUCCUAAGAAAAUCAUAUCACUUAUUAAGCAUUUGACCAUUUGAUUCUUACAAUGUUGUUCUUCUUUUUCUUGAAUCUCGUGUGUCCUCUAUUUAUCCAGAUAUAUACGAUGGGUAACAUGUUCUGCUGCAUUCAAGUUGACCAAUCCACGGUCGCUUUCAAGGAGAGAUUUGGCAAGUUAGAUGAAGUAUUGGAGCCCGGGUGCCAUUUUGUUCCUUGGAUUCUUGGAUAUCAGCUCGCUGGCAAUCUCUCACUCCGAUUGCAGCAAUUGGAUGUGAAGUGCGAAUCCAAGACCAAGGACAAUGUGCUUGUUAAUGUUGUUGCAUCUGUGCAAUUCCGAGCCCUUGCAGAUAAAGUAGUUGAUGCCUUUUACAGGCUCAGCAACCCGAGAAGUCAGAUCCAGGUCUAUGUGACUGAUGUGAUCAGAGCUAGUGUGGCAAAGCUAAACUUGGAUGACGUUUUUGAGAGGAAGAAUAUUGCCAAAGCAGUUGAUGAUGAACUCUUGCAGGUUAUGUCGGCCUAUGGAUACGAGAUUGUGCAAACUCUGAUCGUCGACAUCAUACCGGAUGAGCAUGUUAAGCGAGCUAUGAAUGAAAUCUAUGCUGCAAAAUGGAAGGCCGAAGCCGAGGCUGAGUCCAAGUUCCUUUCUGGGUUGGGUACUGCAAUUCAGCGUCGGGUCAUUGCGGAUGGUUUUAUAAAUAGCGUGCUUGGCUUCUCGGAGACAUUCCCAGGGACAACUGGAAAGGAUAUCAUGGACAUGGUUCUCACGGAUCAAUACCUUGAUACCAUGAAGGAAAUAGCUGCAGCAUCGAAAUCUUCUGUCAUAUUCAUUCCUCACGGUCCUGGUGCAGUUCAUGACGUGGGCGGCCAGAUCCGUGUUGGUUUUCUUCGAGCGUCGACAAGCCAGUGA